CUUAGCGCACUCCGUGCGCCGGAAGCCAGCUGCUGGCGGUCGGGUUCUGCGCGUCAGAUGAAGGAGGAGAGAAGGCUAAGACAAAGUUGUAUGUCGGGAGAGCACGGGCGCGUGCGGCCCUGGGGAGGAGGAAAAGCCUAAAGAUUAGGUUGUAAGAAAAACCGAAGCCAUGUUUCGAAGACCUGUGUUACAGGUAUUCCAUCAGCUUGUAAGACAUGAGUCUGAAGUAGCCAGCACUUUGGUUCUUGAGCGAUCUCUGAAUCGUGUUCAGUUACUUGGACGAGUAGGUCAGGACCCUGUCAUGAGACAGGUGGAAGGAAAAAACCCAGUCACGAUAUUUUCUCUAGCAACAAAUGAGAUGUGGCGAUCAGGGGACAGUGAAGUAUACCAAAUGGGUGACGUCAGUCAAAAGACGACAUGGCACAGAAUAUCAGUGUUCCGACCAGGCCUCAGAGAUGUAGCGUAUCAGUAUGUGAAAAAGGGGGCUCGUAUAUUUGUGGAAGGGAAAGUGGACUAUGGUGAAUACAUGGAUAAAAACAAUGUGAGGCGGCAAGCAACAACAAUCAUAGCUGAUAACAUUAUAUUUCUGAGUGACCAGACGAAAGAAAAGGCAUAGAACGGAUGAUUCUUCUUUGAUCAUUGUUUGGUACAGUCUCCUUUGCAAAUCAUGUAUAGUCUAUAGUUUAAAGAUAAAAAUUAAAAUUUUUAUAUAAAAUGA